AUGUCCAAGUUUAAUCCUCCGUCGGAGUUUAACUUCACGAGCCCGGGAGAAUGGCCGGAGUGGAAACAGAGGUUCGCACGCUACAGGCUGGCCACAAAACUGAACAAAGAAAAUGGCGAGGUUCAAGUCUGCUCACUUAUCUACGCGAUGGGCAGCGAAGCAGAGAAAAUCUUCGCCUCGUUCGAGUUUGCUACGGAAGACGAUAAGAAGAAUUACGAAGGGGUUCUCUCAAAGUUGGAUGAGUACUUCAUACCCAGACGCAACGUAAUACACGAGAGAGCGUGUUUCUACCAACGUAACCAACUGCAAGGGGAAAAGGCAGAGGCGUACAUAAGGGUGCUGUACGAGCUAGCGGAGAACUGUGAUUUUAGCGAUAAGCGGGAUGAACACAUCCGUGAUAGACUCGUAGUGGGCAUUAAAGACAAAGAAUUGUCUCUGAAAUUGCAGCUCACAGCAGAUCUGACGCUGGCUCAUGUUAUACAGCAAGAGGACGUCGCAAAGUACUACACAAAAAGCACACCCCACACACUGAAAGAGAGUCCCCAGACUGCGUUAGAAGCAGUGUACGCACCUGGCAAGACCUUGGCAGUGGCAGACGCGCUGUCCAGGGGUCCACUGGAACAGACCGGAGACGAGCACCUUGAAGAGGACGUGACCGUGCACAUCGGAGCAGUCCUCAGCCACUUACCAGCCACCCCCCGGAAACUACAGCAGAUAAGAGACCACACUAUCCAAGACCCCGAGUUACAGUUAGUGAAACAGCUCACUCAGACGGGUUGGAGCACUCCUACCACUUCUACAGGCUUCAGCCCAGCAGAGCUGCUGAUGGGCCGCAAGAUCAGAACCACGCUGCCCACCCUGUCUGCUAACCUGGAUCCGAGCUGGCCAGAUAGGAAGGAGAUGCGCUCUGCGGAUGCUGCGGCUAAGCUGAAACAAGCAUUCUACUACAACCGCAGGAAUGGUGUUCGACACUUACCACCACUGGACCCUGGAGAAGGGGUCCUGAUGAAGUUGGACAAUGAGAAACAAUGGACUACACAAGGAACGACACAAGGUAACUGUUCUACCCCUAGGUCAUACGUUGUGGUAACGCCGGAGGGAGGUUGUUACAGACGUAACCGCCGUCACCUAUUGCGACUGCCCGCUGCUUCCAAGAAUCCAAACCCCAGCGGGUCACCGGAUGAUCCUCUGCCCGUGAGCAGCGAUGUCGGCAGUAAGAGUGUAUUUCCCACACUAUGUGGUCUGUGA